GCCUGCUGUGGCUGUUCUGAGUCGCUGGGCCGCCGAUCUGGCGAGAGCGGUGGAGCCCGCCUCUAGCGCCGCCCACCUCCCGGCUCCCCAAAACGGCGAUUUGCGGUAGUUUCGACCUCCAUGCCCAUCCAUGGAGCCCAGCGCCUGGCGUGUAGUGGGCAUUCAGGGAUCCGCAGUUGUUAGGAGUAGGCGUUCAGCUAGUCGUGUUUAAACAUGUAAAAUCACCGUUCACACCACGGGAAGAUCGCUUAUUAACGCGAGUUAAUUACAGGCCUGGAGGUUUGGCGUUCUCGCGUCUUCCAGCAUUUCUGGGAGGGACAAGUAUUAACGUCCGUUUUGCAGAUGAGGGGAUUGAGGACUGGGAGAAUGAAUUUAAUUGGGAUUAGUAACCUGUUACUGUGGGGGCACGGAUUCAAACCCAUGUUUCCCUGAUACUCCAAAGCCCCCUGUUUUUACCGCUGGUUGUAAGCGUACAUGCAGAAGUUUGCACUAGCAGCUCCCGCCUGGGCGUUGUGCACGUUCACUGUGAAAUGGCUCCUGGCAACAUCAGUGACCUAAACUAAACAUGGCUGUUGUGGAAACCUGUCUCCUUUUCUUCCAUGAGAUUCUACCAGGGAUUUGGAAGUACUGCCAACAUGUCUGAUGUGCAAGAAGCCACUAACCAGUUCCUGGAUGUGAACCUUCAUGAAAGCCAGAGCUCAGUCCAGGUGACAGAUAGUGGUCCCACGAGUGAGUCAGAGCAGCUCCACGUUACUAUUGGAGCGACUGUACCAACUGGAUUUGAGCAAACAGCUGCAGAUGAAGUGAGAGAGAAAUUGGGAUCAUCGUGCAAAAUCAGCAAAGAACGGGGCAAGAUCUACUUUGACAUUUCAGUGGAAAGUCUGGCUCAGGUUCACUGUCUGCGAUCAGUCGAUAACUUAUUUGUGGUGGUUCAGGAAUUUAAAGAUUACCAUUUCAAGGAAACAAAGGAAGAAGUUCUAAAGGAUUUCGAAGAGUUGGCUGGGAAACUUCCAUGGUCAGAUUCUUUAAAAGUGUGGAAAAUGAAUACAAGUUUCAAGAAAAAAAAAAUUAAGCGUAAAAAGAUAAAUCAGAAUUCAAGUAAAGGGAAGACUGGUAAUGGGCAAGGAGACAAAGUAGAUGAGAGUGGUGUUAAAAAAGAAUUCGCUAACAAUUCCUUAGAUUCACAUAUCUUAGACUAUUACGAAAAUCCAGCCAUCAAAGAAGAGGUGUCAACGCUAGUAGGUGAUGCUUUGGUGUCUUGCAAAGAUGAGGCUAAUAAAGGCUCAAAAGAAGAAGCUGAUUCUGAAACGCUAAAAUUUAGAGUCACAUGCAACAGGGCUGGAGACAAGCAUUGCUUUACUUCAAAUGAGGCUGCAAGAGAUUUUGGGGGUGCUGUUCAAGAUUAUUUUAAGUGGAAGGCCGACAUGACCAACUUUGAUGUGGAGGUUCUUCUGAAUAUCCACGAGCAUGACAUCAUUGUGGGCAUCGCGCUGACAGAGGAGAGUCUCCACCGGAGGAAUAUCACGCAUUUCGGCCCAACGACUCUCCGCUCCACCCUCGCCUAUGGGAUGCUGAGGCUCUGCGCACCUCAACCUACUGAUAUAAUAGUUGAUCCAAUGUGUGGAACAGGGGCGAUACCAAUUGAGGGGGCCACUGAGUGGCCCAGCUGCUACCAUAUUGCUGGUGACAAUAAUCCACUGGCUGUGAACAGAGCAGCGAAUAACAUCUCCUCUCUGUUGACCAAGAGCCAAGUGAAAGAAGGCAAACUGUCCUGGGGCUUGCCCAUAGACGCUGUGCAGUGGGAUAUCUGCAAGCUGCCGCUGAGAACUGGCUCUGUGGAUAUCAUUGUAACGGACAUGCCCUUUGGGAAGAGGAUGGGCUCAAAGAAAAGAAACUGGAACCUCUAUCCAGCUUGCCUGCAGGAGAUGAGCCGCGUCUGCAGACCUGGGACAGGCCGUGCAGUCCUACUGACUCAGGACAAGAAAUGUUUUACCAAGGCAUUAUCUGGAAUGGGACACAUGUGGCGGAAGGUGCAUACUGUCUGGGUAAACAUAGGGGGUCUGCACGCUGCAGUUUAUCUCCUGAAACGUACACCUCAAGCCUUUGUUCAUCCUUCCGAACAAGAUGGAGAAAGAAUUCCUUGGUAAUGCAGACAGUGAAGAUGAUCAAUACAUUUCUAUUUCCUGACACUGGAAAUGUUGACAAGAAGAACUUGCUUUUGAGAGAAAAGUAGCUGUAUCCUAAGUGCAGCUUGCACAGUUUAACCUGAUCCACAGCUCUUCAUCCUCCCUGAUAUCACAAUGUGGAUGUAAUGCAAAGCUAGUGAAGGUCCUAACAGGAAGCAGAGCUGCUCCUUGGAGCUGGCUGGAAGUAGGCUGGGCAAUUAACACAUAUCUUUAAGUGUUUUAAAAAUACCUAGUGAAAAGCCUACUAAAAUGCUCUGGUUUGGGUUUAAAAUUUUUAUUUUCAGGCUUUAUUAAAGCUCCUGUUUUCCACUGUAGCAGGUGAAAAGCAGCCCCGAGCUAGCAUCUUGGGUCAUCGCCUCUGCAGCUUUGCUAUUUAAUAGUUCUCCUUUCUCAAACUUAAAGAGUGAAGCAGCAUUCCAUUUUGUGAUUAGUGUUUGCCCCAGCGACAAGAACAAACUUCUCAAGACCUAUAGGAAAGUAUACCAUCAGCCUUAAAAAUAUGCAUGUCAUUCAAGUCAAGAUAGAAGUAAAAUGGAGGAUUGGCAGCAAAAGAACUACAGAUGAUGAACCGUUAGAAUAGGGCAUUCCUGUAAGUAGCAGCAAACACGUUAAUAGAUGGACUGUGGGACCAACCAGCCAAAUUUAAAAUGCCUUUAUUUUUCUUUCAAUAUAAAGAUGAUAUUGCUUCAAACUUAAACCUGUCUCAGUAUCAGUUUCUUAGAACUAGAGACUGGAUGCAUGUUUGAAUUAAAAAUUGUCAGUUCUUCCAUUUUCUCCAUACUUAGUUCGUUUACCAGUUGCCUAAAAUCUUUCCAACAGUGGAAAAUCAAAUGACCUGAGCAUCAAGUCCUCGUGAAAACUGUUUUCCUGGUGCAGCAUAAAAAGCCUUUCUUUGUAAUAUUUCUUUGUCUGUGUUCACCUUAGCUUUUUAGUACUGGGUCAGCAGUAGCAAUCGUGUGCCCUUCUUCCUUACUUUACGUCUUACUCUUCAAGAUGGUCCUUCACUACAACCACAGCUAACUGCCCUUGUCUAUGGACUGAGAUUUUUUAAAGGCUUUAUAUCAAAGUUUCUUUUACCAUCACCAGAAUGCACAGCUGUGUGAUUUCAUAUAAAACCUCCUCUCACCUAAAGGAGCCAUUUAAACCUUUAAAUGAGGGCAGGCCAGCAGUCCAUAGGACCAAGUCCCUGGUACAGCCUCUACUCAAAUGAAUGUUUUAAACAAAUGAAUCCGUGGUUUGCACACUGGCUUGGUUUCUAAGUGUCAAACACCCUACUUGCUCCACUGUAGCCUUAACCUUACUAAACCUCAACGAAACAUUGCCAGACCAAGGCAAGACACUGCAGCUUGUAGUGAGCAUCCUUCAGCCUGCUUGGUAGUAAUCUGCUGUCCAGGAAAGGAAGGGAGCAGACAUCAUCAAAGAUCUGGGCUAAGCUACAUGUCACCCCACCACCACCUCCUUGUUGUCAACCCAGUUUUAACCUUUCAAGGGGGCCACCAGCACCCCAGGAAUGUGAAGACACAGGGCAGGUAACUUGCAGCAACCUGAGACUUAGAUGAGUCAUAAACCAGUCACUGUACUUUGGAUGUAAACAGAUUUUGUAAGUAUUAAUAAAGGCACCUCCCAGAGACUGGCAAUGCACUGUGAUCAAAAAAGCACUCUUUCAAGGUGGCAA